CUGACAUUAUCAGACAACAGCUUACGACAUCAAGAUAACAUUGACGUUGCCGCUUCCUUUUCUCCGUAUCGACUCGAUGCAUUUCAUGCAUGCGCGUUUUGCGCCAGUCGCUCUCCACUCUUCGUUCGUGCCAUUUGCUAUAAGUCGGCCAACUAGUCCAAGCACAAGCACUCCAAGCAGUCGGACGCACGAUCGUGUAACGCCAUGUCACUCCGAAAUGAGGAUUAUACCGUUGACAUAGGAGGUAAAUCAAUAACCGUCGCGCAGAGCUCAGUUUUGUAUAAUAAUGUGUAAUAUAUUUGUUUCUGCCUUAUGUAGAAAAUAUAAAAUUUUUGAUGGUUUAAUAAUUUCAAGUAUAUUUACACGAUCGUGUAACGCCAUGUCAUUCCGGAAUGAGGAUUAUACCGUUGACAUAGGAGAUAUGCGAAUAAAAUAUAAAGAUGAAAAUGAGGCAUUCAUGGAGGAUCAUUUAAUUACCAAGGAGCCUAUCGGACAGUUCAAAGCAUGGUUCGAGGAGGUCUGCAAUAGUCCACAAAUUUUAGAACCUAACGCGGUGCUUCUCGCGACAGCAACAAGAGACGGCGUACCGUCCUUGCGCGCGGUAUUGUUAAAAGGUUUCAGCAAAGAAGGAUUCAAGUUUUAUACAAAUUACGAGAGCAGAAAAGGCCGCGAACUAGCGGAAAAUCCACACGUAGCGCUGACUUUUUAUUGGGAAUCUCUCAAACGAAGUGUACGUAUCGAAGGCAUCGCGAAGAAAACAUCAGCGGAAGAUUCAGAUCAUUACUUUCAAAGCCGGCCGUAUGCAAAUCAGAUCGGGACUGCAGCCAGUAAGCAAAGUACCGUGGUAGAUAGUAGAAAGACUCUCAUUGCGAAAGCAAAGGAGCUAGUUGCGGAAUUUCCAGAGAACCAAGUUAGAAGACCCGCCUGCUGGGGUGGUUUCCUCGUCGUGCCACAUUCCGUGGAGUUUUGGCAGGGUCAGAGUGAUCGUCUUCACGAUAGAAUUCGCUUUAGACGUCCAAAAACGAACGAAAAUAUAGACAAUAUUCUCGUCCACAAAGGAGAGGACGGAUGGGUGUACGAGAGACUCUCGCCAUAAAAAAAGCACAUUUAUUGAUAAAAGAAAAUAGAAAAAUUAACAAUUUUUGCGUAUGUAAGAAGAGAAUUUUUCAGCAAAAGAGCUGUCAGCAAGUGAUUGCUGUGUGAACAUUCCGAAUCAAUACCUUAUAAUAGUAUUACGAAGACAAUAAUAUUAUACACCUUGUGAUAUUCUUGAUUAUUACGAUUUCCUCGUAAGUUUGAGAAUUUCUCUAUUAACUCCUGAAAUGUAUAUAAUUAUUAUUGUUAAACCGGUGGAAAAGAAAUAUAUUUAAAAUUAAAAGUUUUGAUAAAAACUGAAA